AUAGGGGACUAGAGGAGGAAAUGGAAGCCAGUUAAAUACUGAGCUCAUCAGCGAAAGAGACCUGAGGAAGCCAGGCACAAAGAUCACCACAGGAAUAGUCUGUUGCAGUCAAAGAGCCUCAGCGGACCUAUUCGGAGGAGCAGCAGCAGCCGCGGACACGCCGGGGCCGAGCAGGGAGGAUGGCUGGGGGGCGCCUCCCGGGGCUGCUCUUCCUUUUGCACGCCGCGGCUCGCCUGGCUGCCGAGCAAGAAGUUGAAAAUCUCUCCGGGCUCUCCCCAAACCCCGAAAAGGACAUUUUCGUGGUGCGGGAAAACCGCACGACGUGUCUCAUGGCGGAAUUCGCCGCCAAGUUCAUCGUUCCCUACGACGUGUGGGCCAGCAACUACGUGGAUCUGAUCACGGAGCAAGCCGAUAUCCCGCUGUCGCGGGGUGCCGAGAUGAAGGGCAAGUGUGGCACUAACGAGUCGGAGCUGGAGAUCUCCUGGCUGGAGCAAGCGUACACCCUCAAACUCUUCUUCCUGAAGGAGGGGCACAACACGUCCCGGGGGCCCGAGGCUUUCUGGAGGCUCAGCCGCAUCCAGUUCACCUAUGACACUGGCGAGCGCACCUACUUCAAGGAUGCUGUCAGUCCUGGGAAGCACACGGCCAGCUCGCACCGGCUCUCUGCCCUGGUCACCCCGGCUGGGAAGUCCUAUGAGUGCCAGGCACAGCAGACCAUCUCCCUUGUCUCCAGCGACCACCAGAAGUCUGUGCAGCUCCUGCUGUCGGAAGUGCGCCUCCAGCCCUUUGAUAUCACUGCGGAUUUUGUCUUCAGUGAAGAACACAAGUGUCCGGUGGACCAGAGGGAGCAGUUAGAAGAAACCCUGCCACUGAUUUUGGGCCUGAUACUGGGGCUGGUUAUCGUGAUAACCCUCUGUGUUUACCAUAUCCACCACAAGCUGACAGCCAACCAAGUGCAGAUUCCUCGCGACAGAUCUCAGUACAAACACAUGGGAUAGGGGACAGGAUCAAGAAGCCCAAAUAUUUAUCAGGUAGAAGAAAAGCAAAAGCACUUUUUUCUAUGGGUGAGGAAAAGUUGUGGGGGGGCAAGAGAUGGUAUUCACAACACCUAAUGGUGGGUGUUUUGUGGAGACACACAAGUUAAGGUUAGGCUUUAAUACAGCUAGUGCAGAGCCAUAGCUGUCUUUCUGUAAGAGUGGGAGCAUCCGAUUCUAGGAGUGUGUCUGUGGCAGUAGGUGGUAUGAAUACCUUCUUAAGCAGCUGGGCUGAUCAUCUGGAAACAGAAAUGCUUCACAUGUCAAAGUUUAACAUUGGGGCAAAAUUGGCUUUUUUUUUUUGGGGGGGGGGGGAGCUUUUUUUCUUUUUUUCCAUCUCAAGAGACUCUAACCUCCCCAAUGUGCCGCUCUUGCAGCGUUCAGCCCUCUCCGUUCAUGUCCGUGCAGGGAGCAGGGCUGGGGGAUGGAGCCAUUGCACAGACUUCAUUAAGGUCCUCUAGUGAAGGGACUCAAAGCACAUUCCUGAAGCUUGCACUUAUGUUAAGGACAGCAUGAAGGCAAUACAGGUGUGUUUUGAAAAAAAAAUUAGAUUAAUAAUUAAAGGCCAGAACCUCAAGCUGGUAUAAAUUAGAGCAGAUUGCAGCCAGCUGAGGAGCUGACCCCACACUUGAGACUGACUGAAGAAAGUUUGUUUUUGCUUCUUGAGGCACAUCUGAAGUAAAAUUAAAAAAAAAAAAAAGUAUUGAUAAACAAAUUAUAAAGUGCCAUGCUACUGCAAGUCAACUGAGAAAUGCUUCUGGCUGGACAUCCUGCACGUAUUGUGAUUGUGGUUGAGAUGUUACAUUGCUACCUGCAACUGAUAUUUUCACAGUGAAAAAAAAAUAAAAAAGAAAGCAGAAAUGUUAAAGUUACUAUGCAGAUUAUUCAGGUAUAAUCUAAUGUAACAGAAAAAAAUAUAAGGGAACCCUUGAAAUCUAUCCUUAAAUGUAGACAAUUUUUAAAA